AUGGAGAUAGGUCUCGAUUACAUGCAGAUGCGCACCCGCGCACAGCACUAUGGGAUGAGGUGGUCUGGGAUUGCCCUGCUGUUGCUGGGAGUGGUUUUGGUGGCAGCGGGGGUGUUUUAUUACGGGCACCUGUUUUGGCUGCGUUCUGGCUUGGAUGACUACGCUGUACAGAGGCAGGGGGUCGUGGUUGCGGAGCCAAACGAGUCCGUACCGUCUGGCGCCGACGGAGUAACCGUAACCGCUCUGACGUUGCCAGAAGGAGCGUUCGCCGAACAGGCUGCCGAGCUGGGGUUUGAACUGAUUCGCGCCGCAGAUGCUGCCGCGGUAGGAACGUUGCCGCCGGCCGUGAGCGUGAAAGUACCCGCAUUGGGUAUAGACGCCAGAAUCUCUGAAUUUACGGGCACGUUGAGACUUUCCGCCUAUCCCGGUGAACGGGGAGCGAUGUGGCUAUUGGGCCCCGCCGGCAAGGGCGCAGCCGGCUUUGGCAGGUUGACCGGCGCGGCCGACGUGCUGAAAGAAAAUGAGAACCUGGUAAUCACGGUGAAAAGUGGCACCAACGAAUACAUCUAUCUGUCGACACACACGCAAGUGGUCAGCGCUUCAGAUCUGCGAUUGACCAGCGCCGAACGGUCCACGGUCCAUCUGGCGGUACCGGUGCCAUCUGGCUUCUACGAUCAUUUCCUGAUAUUGAAUGGCGAACUGGUGGGCGUGCGGUAA